AUGUAUAUACCAUUAUCAGAUUUUAUUUAUGAUAAUAUUACUUAUAACAAUAUUACUCAUAAUGAUAUUACUUACAAUGAUAUUACUCACAGCAAUAUUAUUUAUGAUGAUAUUAUUCAUGAUGAUACUACUUAUGAUAAUAAUUUUAUUGACAAUGAUAUUACUUACAAUUAUAUUACUCAUGAUGAUAUUAUUUGUAAUGAUAUUACUUACAAUAAUAUUACUUACAAUAAUAUUAUUCUUGACAAUAUAACUCAUAAUGAUAUUACUCACAACAAUAUUACUUAUAAUGAUAUUAAAUUAUCUAAUUCUAUUUAUGAAAUUAUUAAUCUAUAUAAUUCUAUUAAUGAAAAUAUUGAUACUAAAUUAUUCAAUUCUAUUCCUAAAGAUGAAUUAUCUACAGUAAUUUAA